UGCACUGUUUCUGCUGCACCCGUUGGUGUAAUUGGCCCAGGCGCUCCACCAGCGCGAAGCCGCCGGAGAGCUCCUCGCUGGCCGCCCCCGCGGCCCGCAGCUCGGUUUGAUUUAAUUUCGAAUGAGAUUGUUCUUGCAACGAGAUGUUAAUAAGACAAAAUCAAGACUAAAUGUGUUAAAUGGGCUUGCCAACAAUAUGGAUGACUUGAAGAUAAACACCGAUAUUACUGGUGCUAAAGAAGAACUCCUAGAUGACGACAGUUUUAUCUCAGACAAAGAGAGUGGAGUUCAUAAACCAAAAGAUUGUCAAACAUCAUUUCAGAAAAACAAUACAUUCACUCUGCCUGAAGAACUGUCAAAGGACAAAUCUGAAAAAGCCUUAAGUGGAGGCCAGUCUACUCUAUUUAUACAUGCUGGUGCUCCUACUGUUUCUAGUGAAAACUUUAUCUUGCCUAAAGGAGCUGCUGUUAAUGGACCAGUUUCACACUCCUCCUUAACUAAGACUUCCAAUAUGAAUAAAAGCAGUGUUUCAUUAACCACUGGACAGCCUGUGGAUCAGCCAACGACAGAAUCUUGUUCAACUUUGAAGGUGGCAGCUGAUCUUCAGCUCUCUACACCACAGAAAGCAAGUCAACACCAAGUUUUAUUUUUGUUAUCAGAUGUAGCACAUGCUAAGAAUCCAACCCAUUCCAUUAAAAAACUACCUACCUCUGCUUCAAUUGGUUGUGACAUUCAGAAUUCAGUAGGGAGUAGUAUAAAGUCAGAUAGCACUUUAAUAAAUCAAGUAGAGGUGGGUGAGGAUAGUGAAGAUUUAUUGGUAAAAGAUGAUUGUGUCAGUACAUUAACAGGAAUUUCCUCAGGUACAGAUGAAUUUAGGUCAGAAAAUGAUACAAACUGGGAUCCCCAAAAAGAGUUCAUUCAGUUUCUUAUGACAAAUGAAGACACAGUGGAUAAAGCUCCAGUUCACUCUAAAGUAGGUCUAGAAAAAAAGAGAAAGCGAAAAAUGGAUGUAAGCAAGAUAACUCGUUAUACUGAGGAUUGCUUUAAUGAUUCUAACUGUGUACCCAAUAAAUCAAAAAUGCUAGAAGUAGACUUUAUGGAACAGAAUGAAGAACUGCAAGCAAUGGACUCACAGAAAUAUGCAUUAUCAAAAGUGAAACCUGAAUCAACCGAUGAAGACUUGGAAUCUGUGGAUACUUUUCAACAUCUAAUUUAUAACCCAGAUAAGUGCGGAGAAGACGGUUCACCUGUUCAUACUGGCACUUUUCUUUCAAAUACCUUAAAAAAGAAAUGUGAAGAAAGUGAUUCCGAGUCACCUGCUACUUUCAGCACCGAAGAGCCAUCAUUCUACCCCUGUACAAAGUGCAAUGUGAAUUUUAGGGAGAAAAAGCAUCUCCACAGGCAUAUGAUGUAUCAUUUAGAUGGGAAUAGUCACUUUCGACAUCUCAACGUCCCAAGGCCAUAUGCUUGUAGAGAAUGUGGACGAACAUUUCGAGAUCGGAACUCGCUACUAAAGCAUAUGAUUAUUCACCAAGAAAGAAGACAGAAAUUGAUGGAGGAAAUUCGUGAAUUGAAAGAACUUCAGGAUGAAGGAAGAAGUGCACGAUUACAAUGCCCUCAGUGUGUGUUUGGUACCAAUUGCCCUAAAACAUUUGUGCAACAUGCUAAAACCCAUGAAAAAGAUAAAAGGUACUACUGCUGUGAAGAGUGUAACUUUAUGGCAGUGACAGAAAAUGAAUUGGAAUGCCAUCGAGGAAUUGCCCAUGGAGCAGUGGUAAAAUGCCCUAUUGUCAGUUCUGAUGUAGCCCAGAGAAAAACGCAAAAAAAGACUUUCAUGAAGGACCCCGUUAUAGGAUCAUCCAAAAAAUCAGCUACCUAUAUAUGUAAGAUGUGUCCUUUUACUACUUCAGCCAGGAGUAUUUUAAAAAAACACAUGGAGUACUUGCACUCAUCAUCAUGCAUUGAUUCAUUUGGCAGUCCUCUUGGACUUGAUAAAAGAAAAAGCGACAUAAUCGAAGAACCUAUAGAUACUGAUAGUCCUAAACCAUUAACUAAACAACAGUCAACAACAUUUCCAAAGAACUCUGCUUUAAAACAAGAUGUAAAGCGAACAUUUGGAUCAUCCUCACAAUCAAGUAAUUUUUCAAAAUUCCAUAAGCGGCCACACAGAAUACAAAAAGCUCGGAAAAGCAUUGCCCAGUCAGGUGUAAAUGUGUGCAAUCAAAACAAUUCUCCUCACAAGACUGUUAUGAUUAAAAGCAGCAUUGACCAAAAACCUAAGUAUUUCCAUCAGGCAGCAAAAGAAAAAUCUAAUGCCAGGGCAAAUAGCAACUAUUUAUAUAGACAUAAAUAUGAAAACUACAGGAUGAUCAAAAAAUCAGGUGAAUCAUAUCCUCUGCAUUUCAAAAAAGAGGAAUCUAGUUCGUUAAAUUCUUUACAUCUGUUUUCAUCAUCAAGCAAUUCUCACAACAAUAGUUUUAUUUCAGACCCUCAUAACUCUGAUACCAAAAGGCCAGAAAGCUUCAGAGACCACAGGCGUGUAGCUGUAAAGAGAGUAGUUAAGGAAUCUAAGAAACAAAGUUCUGUUGGAGGAGAAGACUUGGAUAGCUAUCCAGAUUUCUUGCAUAAAAUGACCGUUGUUGUUCUGCAAAAACUUAAUUCUGCUGAAAAGAAAGAUAGCUAUGAAACAGAAGAUGAAAGUUCCUGGGACAAUGUUGAGCUAGGUGACUACACUACACAGACUAUAGAAGAUGAAACCUAUAAUGAUAUUAAUCAAGAACAUGUAAACCUAUUCCCUCUAUUUAAAAGCAAGGUGGAAGGUCAAGAGCCUGGAGAAAAUGCUACACUUAGUUAUGAUCAAAACGAUGGCUUUUAUUUUGAAUAUUAUGAAGAUGCUGGAACUAAUAACUUUUUGCAUGAGAUACAUGAUCCUCAGCAUUUAGAAAAUGCAGAAACUUCAUUGUCAAAGCAUAGUUCUGUUUUUCACUGGACUGAUUUGUCUCUUGAGAAGAAAUCGUGUCCUUACUGCCCAGCAACAUUUGAAACAGGCGUUGGGUUGUCAAAUCAUGUCCGGGGACAUCUUCACAGAGCAGGAUUAAGCUAUGAAGCCCGUCAUGUUGUAUCACCAGAACAAAUAGCCACAAGUGACAAAAUGCAACAUUUCAAAAGAACUGGCACAGGAACACCUGUUAAGCGAGUUAGAAAAGCUAUAGAGAAGUCUGAAACCACUUCUGAACACACUUGUCAGCUCUGUGGUGGUUGGUUUGAUACUAAAAUUGGAUUAUCAAAUCAUGUUAGAGGCCACCUGAAAAGACUUGGAAAGACCAAGUGGGAUGCUCACAAAUCUCCAAUCUGUGUUCUGAAUGAGAUGAUGCAAAAUGAAGAAAAAUAUGAAAAAAUCUUAAAGGCAUUGAACAGUCGUCGUAUUAUUCCUAGACCAUUUGUAGCUCAAAAACUUGCAUCAAGUGAUGACUUUCUAUCUCAAAAUGUUAUACCUCUUGAAGCAUACCGUAAUGGCCUAAAGACUGAAGCUUUAUCAGUGUCUGCAUCAGAGGAAGAAGGGCUGAGUUUCUUAAAUGAAUAUGAUGAAACAAAGCCAGAACUGCCUAGUGGAAAAAAGAAUCAGUCUCUUACACUGAUAGAACUGCUUAAAAAUAAAAGGAUGGGAGAAGAAAAGAAUUCUUCUAUUUCUCCUCAAAAGAUCCAUAAUCAAACUGCAAGAAAGAGAUUUGUUCAGAAAUGUGUUCUUCCACUAAAUGAAGAUAGUCCAUUGAUGUAUCAGCCACAAAAAAUGGACUUCACUAUGCACUCAGGUAUGCCUGUGAAGCUUAGAACAUGUGUGCAUUGCAAUACGACGUUUACAAGUGCUGUUAGCCUGUCCAACCACUUACGCGCUUAUGCACGAAAGAAGAGUGCUGGACUUUUGACUGGUACAGCUUUAGAUUGUAAACAAAAGAAAUCAAGGUCAAGAUCCGGAAGCAAGAAGAAAAUGCUAACAUUACCUCAUGGUGCUGACGAGGUUUACAUUCUCCGAUGCAGGUUUUGUGGCCUAGUCUUUCGUGGACCAUUGUCUGUUCAGGAAGACUGGAUUAAGCACUUACAACGACACAUUGUAAACGCUAAUCUUCCACGGACUGGAGCUGGCAUGGUGGAAGUCACAUCACUACUCAAAAAGCCUGCCUCCAUUACAGAAACUUCAUUUUCUCUACUAAUGGCAGAAGCAGCUUCAUAGAACAAGAAAACCUUUUAAAUAGCAGAUUUGAAUUGGAUGUAAAUUUGAAAUUCUUUGUCUUUUUUUUAAAGCCACAUUAAAUUAUCCGUUUAUAAGUACUAAAGCAGGAAAAUGGGGAAAAGUGAAUGACAGUGACAUCAGAGCAAAUUGAGUGCUUCAAACAGUAAGUAGUCUCUAUAUUUUGUAUAGGAUGGGAGAUGUGUUUCUGAGGUUUACUACGUCUUGUCAGUUAACUGUGUUCACUCAAUGAUAGAUCAGUACACGUAAGCAGUCAUUAAUAAACUGUUGCACAUGGAUACUUAAAGACAGACUUAUUGGAAAAUUAUGUUUUCUGCAGUGUUAGCAGAAUCAAGGUUCUGUUUAUUCCCCACAAGACUUGCAUUGAAAAUUAAGAUAUUAUAUUUUGUUUGUAUAUAUUUAGUGUUUUGUAUAAUACCAGGAACCGCUAACUAAAUUUACUCAACUUAGGGCAUUAAAUAUCAUGUACUUCAUAGUUUGAGACUGUUCACUCAAAUAGGGCAGAGUACUAUUCUAUCUAGAUGUGUAAGUGUUUUUUUUAAAAUCACAUGGAACGGUUUUUUUUAUACUAAAAAGUGGAGGGAGAUUUGUUUAAACAAGUAUUUCUAAAAGAAAUAUGUACAUAGUCCUGGAAAUUAUUCGUGGUAAGGAAAUAUUCUUUACUCCAGUUGCAUUUCUCAGACAAUAAAGUGGUGCAUCCAUGCUACCUCCUACUUUGUCAACAAAGAUGCUAUUUACCCUUUACAUUUUUGUAUCAUAAUAGAUUUUAAAAAUCUAAUGUUCUUUAUUGCAAGACAUCCUUUUGUUAACAGAUUUGUUUCUUUUUAAUGUUUUACCUAAAAUUUGACAUGCUUACAGGACAGGUUUGCCUCUUACUUUAUUUAACAUUGUAGAAAUGUAAUUAAUAAACAAUGCUCACUACACAGUUUAGAAUAGGCUUUCUCAUUUAUAUUCUCC